UCGCUGCAAAGGACACAAUGCCUUUCCACAGUGAGGAGCUUUCGGUGUGCGCGGUGUGUCUGAGCUGAAAACAGAUGCGGGAGCUUCGCUGGACGACCCAGAUGUCGAGCACACCGCGGAGAUCGGGUCCCAGAUAAUAGCAGAAGUCCCCCGCCGGGACCAUGGGACUGCCGGAGCUGCUGCUCGGACUGCUGUGGUUCCGCUCCGCUCUGCUCUGUGCAGGCUGCAGUGAGCGAGUGGAGGUCCAUACAGAGCGGAGGGGUGUGAUCUACAGUCCCUCCUGGCCUUUAAACUACCCCCCUGGAGUCAACUGCAGCUGGCAUAUCCAGGGGGGUCAGGGAGAGGUCAUUACCAUCAGUUUCCGGAACUUCGACGUGGCGGAGUCGGGAAGUUGUCUGGGAGACUGUCUCCUGCUGACCCCGACGUGGAACGGGGAAUCCAGGCUGUGUGGCUCAGUCCUGCCUCCACCCUUCAUCUCCACCAGGGGGCGUGUUUGGCUCUAUUUCCACUCUCAGGCCAAUAGCUCCAGCCAGGCCCAGGGCUUCCGCCUCUCCUACAUCAGAGGUCACCUGGGUCAGAGCAGCUGUCAGUCAGAUGAAUUUCUGUGUGGGAACGGGAAGUGUCUUCCUCGCUCCUGGAAGUGCAACGGCCAAGAUGAAUGUGGCGAUGCCACCGACGAACGCAGCUGCUCCCCCCCACCCACUGAGGCCCAGCCUGGCCUCUGCCCCUUCGGCUCCCUCCCGUGUACCGAGGCCCAGUCCACCCGCUGUCUGCCUGCCGCCCUGCGCUGCAACAGAGCCCGUGACUGUCCUGAUGGCACAGACGAGCUGGGUUGCCCUGACACCACCUGCGGCAAACGUCUGGGGAACUUCUACGGCUCCUUUGCUUCCCCGGAUUUUUUCCGGGCUAACAGGAGCGCAGUGACCGAGCUGAGGUGUUCCUGGUUGCUGGACACCCAGGACCCCAAGCCCAUCGUGCUGCAGCUGGACCUGCGGCUGGGGCCCGGAGACUCGCUGCAUGUCUACGAUGGCCUGCUGCAGCGGGCAGAGCACCUCUUACAGGUGUUGUCAUAUCAUAACAACAGGCGCCCAGUGCUGCUGGAGUCGAGUCGGGGUCAGAUGAGUGUUUUGUACAUGGCCAAGCCUCACAGCCCUGGACAUGGCUUCAAUGCCACAUACCAGGUCAAAGGUUACUGUUUUCCUGGCGAGCGCCCCUGUGGCAGCGAUCAGGGCUGCUACUCUGAACGCCAACGCUGUGAUGGCUACUGGCACUGCCCAUCAGGACGCGACGAGGAGGCCUGCCCGACGUGCCCAGAUGGGGAGUUCCCCUGCGAGGGUGGUACUGGAGUGUGCUACCCGGCCUCCGAGCGCUGCAACAACCAGAAGAGGUGCCCGGAUGGGUCUGACGAGAAGAACUGCUAUGACUGCCAACCCGGAAACUUCCACUGUGGGACUAACCUGUGCAUCUUUGAGACGUGGCGGUGUGAUGGCCAGGAGGACUGCUUGGACGGGAGCGAUGAGAGGGACUGCCUGGCAGCGGUGCCCAGGAAAGUGAUCACGGCUGCCCUGAUCGGCAGUCUGGUCUGCAGUCUGCUGCUGGUCAUUGCCCUUGGCUGUGCCCUAAAACUCCACUCGCUCAGGAGCAGAGAGUACAGAGCUUUUGAGACUCAGAUGACUCGCAUGGAGGCCGAGUUUGUUCAGAGAGAGGCCCCCCCUUCGUACGGCCAGUUAAUCGCCCAGGGUCUCAUCCCUCCGGUGGAGGAUUUCCCGGUGUACAACCCCACUCAGGCCUCCGUAUUACAGAACCUGCGGUUAGCGAUGCGCAGGCAGAUCAGACGUCACUCGACACGACGCACCAACUCCUCUUCCUCCUCUCGACGGCGUCUUGGGCAUCUGUGGAGUCGCCUGUUCCACAGUGGAGGACGAACCAGAGGCCACGCCCCCCUGCUUGACCCCCCUGGACCUACACAGAUCACACUGGGGCUCCAUAGCUACCGAACUGUGGGUGUGCAAGGGCCCCAGGCAAGGGCCAGGUCUGGAGCUGGGCUCGGGGAUGAGGUCGAUGUAGUUGGUAUGCCAGGCUCUUGCUGCUCAGCCAACAUAGACAUGCAGCCCUACACACCUGAAAGCCCUGCCUCACCUCUGUCCUUGCAGUCAGUGGACAGUCCAGAGGAGGAGGACCUGUCACCUGUCAGCAGCAGGGCCCCGCAGUCUGAGCCCGCCACCCCUGUUCAGAGUGACUGUUCUGCCCAUAGCAGACCCCCUCUCACUCCCCAGGAGGCCUCUGUACCCCCCUGCCACCCCCGGGCAUCUAGGAAGCUGGUUCUGGAGCUUGCUGUUAACCUCAAGGGUGUUUCCUUGAGACGUUACUCCCCCUUGGGGCCUUUGUCCCCUAUCUCACCCCCUGUGUUUCCCAGCAGCUCCCAGACAUCUACAACCCACCCUCACACCCAAGGGCUGGAGGUGACUCCACCUCCCGAGCCCUCGUCUUCUGCGAAAGCAGAGGACAGCGAUAGCCACUUUACCGUGGAAGUGCCAAGCAGGGAAUUAAGAAGCAGGGAUGAGAGGAGGAGGGAGGGCAAGAGCAGACUCUGCAGGUUCAGCAGGACCUUCAGUGAUGAGGGAGGAGAUUCAGGGAGAGAGACAACGCCAAACUUUUAGAAGAGUUUAGGAAGAUACUCUCCUACCCCUCUCUCUGUUGAGACCUGGUGUCAGCAAUAUCUGCUCAGCUAAAGUGUCCUUGAAAUGUGUCCCUACCAGACCCAGAGGUGAGACCCGUACCAUAUCCCACCACAUGUAGGGGGCGCAGUACAAUAUAAUUAGGUCAUGCCCAUUCAACACUUCGAAUGCAUAAAAAUCUGCACAUGCACAAAAUUAUGUAUAUGCAGUGUUUUCCUAAGAUGAAUAAAACCAGCGUUGGUAGUGCUUAUAGUCUGUGCUGUAAUGGAAAUCUUUUUGUCAAACAGGAGCUUAAUGUUGACCCCCACAAUUCAGUGCAAACCGACAACCUUGUUUAACCUGUUUGGACAUAAACUCAUCACGAGCCUGUCCCAGAAAUUCAAACUCAAUUCCGGCCACCAGUACCAAUACAAUAUUGACAACGCCAAAGCAGCCUUUGUGUCGUUACCCAGAGCCAUUAUGCACCGCUAUAUACUGUGAACCAUAAAAGCCUAUUAAAUGAUCACAUAUGAAUUUAUCGGGUUAAUGGUCCCCUACUCUGUCCUAUUCCCACUCUUUUGUUUGAGGUGGUGUUAGUUUUGUUAUUGUAUGACAUUUCUACAAGGUCACGGUUGGCUGUCGCAGUUAAGGAAAAGCUGGCAAUAUUUUAUAUCUUUGCUAUUUGUCAACAAAUCAUAUGAAAAAGCUAAAACCAAAAUUUGUCCUACUACUACUAAUACUUUUCAACUUCACCAGCUUCACCACUUAAAUUUUCCUUAAAGGCUAAAUAAUUUCCAAAACUGAAAUCUUCAAAAAACGACCGGAGUAAAUAGUGCAUUUGUUGGAGACUAUUUUCAGCCGUGCAUUAAUACACAUUUGGUGCAUGUUCAUGGUAAUGAUGCAACAUGUCACCCAGUGCUACAGUGGGGCUCAUUGGUGUGGUUUUAAUAGUUUUUGGAUAACCAUGGCGCUCUGUGAGACAGAGGAAUAAGCUAUAUUAGGCUACACAGACAAUACUAGAAUAAUACAUAGUUGGUUUUGGUCUUUUCAUGGGAGUUUUUAACAAUAAAAAAGUAUAAAAUACCACCAGACUUACCAUUUUAAAUACAACUUUGAACCAGAAGCGUUUGACAUUAUGGGAAAUAUUCUUACUUGAUUUCUGGCGGAAAGUUAGAGAAGAUAAGAAAAUUGAUACCACGCUCAUAUCUGUGCGUAAGAUUUAAGGCUACCCCAGCAGCCAGUCAGCUUAGCUUAGCUUAGCACAAAAACUGGAAACAGAUUGAAACAACUAGCCUGGCUCUGUCUAAAGGUAGCUUUCAAAGGUGCUGGCUAAAGCCUUAUUUAUAACAACAUGAGAUAUUAAAGUGGUCUCAUAUAACUUAGCCAAAGUGCAAAUAAGCCUAUUUCCCAAAAAUGUCCAAAUGUUCCUCUAACACUUGUGCAGUGUCACUGAUUCAUGCCGCGGUUCAAUCAUGCCAAACCCUCGUCAGUAUUUAUUCAACAUAUACUGUACGUUUCCUCUGUGUUGCUUCUGUGACCCCUUUUAAGAAACACUAAGAACUUUCUCAUUAUGUUUUGGAAGUUGUAUCAUAGAUUUUUCAAUUCAGCAAUUUUAACUUGAUAUAUCAUCAGUUUUAAAAAGCCAAACCUGGAUGGAAACCGAAGUCCAACUAUAUUGCUGUGUAAUUCAAAUUCAAACCCAAACUGUCCUCUCCAGGAAGCCUCUCCUCGCUUGAAUGAACUUGACUGUGUCUGAUUUCUAUUCAGUUCAGUGAAGACUUUACAUGAAUGUCCAGGAAAUGUUGGGAAGUGAUGCUUCUUUACACUAUUGAUUGUUUGCAGAGUCUCCUUCAAUCCAGCGGUACCGAUGCAGUACUGCAGACUGCUCACUGGUCACUGCAGAUGUCUGAACUGCUGGUUUAUUCCACUGGAAAUUCAUAUCUAUGCUGUGGAAUUUUCUAUGACAGGAUGUUAAAACAAAGACUUCUAUUUUUCAGUCUUCAGCGGAGACCUGUACUUGUUCUACUUUAUAUUUCUCUCUCUGCCUUGACAAACAUUGACCUUGAUUGAACCUGGUUGCCUGUGUCUCUGAUGUUUUGUAAAGCUUGUCUCUCUGAAGUUAUGACACUGAUGACCCUUUACUAAUCACUGUUGGACUUCUAAAGAAUGUAUCACUUUAAUUUUUCUUGAAAUCAAUGAAUUUCUAAGUCUUUUAUUGCAGCAUAUUGAUACUGAACGGAAAAGACAGAUUACGAGUGUAAGUGGCGAGAGAAUGAGAAAUGUGUCCAAUUGCUGGUUGAUAUUUAGCUGCAGUGUCAGGUUCUACGGAAGCCCCGAGAGGCAAGUGAGAAAGAAACAUAAGGUGGCCUAUUUUUAAUUCUGAUCUACUUUUAAGUGUGAAUUAAAUUGUUUUCUUUCAUGUGUUUAUGACUUAAAACAGGUUAAAAAAAAGGAUUUUCCGGGAUAAUCUUUCCAAGUGUUUGAUUUUGUAAUACUCACUUCAGUCACAAGGGGCUGAAGUGCACCACUACCACAUGUUCUAAAUAGGCAUGCAUUAAAUGCAUUCAUGUUUUCUUUCAGGCACUCUAAACAGAAGUAUAUUGUGUAUUAGCUAACACAACUUAUUUUUUCCCCAGUUUCACUGGUGUAAGAAAACAGAAUAAGGAACUUAAUUAUUUGGAUUAUUCUGGUAUAUAUAUUUAUGAUUUUUUUCACUUUUGUUUGUAAGUCAUAAAAAGAGAGAGGAAGAAAACAAUUUAGCCAUAGAAAAUUCAUCACCUGAAUUUAUUAUUAUUUUUGCCUCUCUGGGCCUCCAUAGAUUUCUGUACUAAAUACAUGGUCUUUCCUGCUGUUUUCCCCUUUUUAAAGUGAGCUGAAUGUGCCAUGCUACCCUCAUGUGCUUCCUUCUUAUAGAAGUUUUGUCUUUAACAGCUGCUACAUUAUGUGCCAUUAGAGAUGUCUCCAUACCCCUUCACAAGUAAUCCUUCCUAAUGAUCUGUUCUAAUUCCCUUUCCCUUCCCUCGAGAUAUAGAGAAAUACAAAUUGAUUUACUCAUUCCUAGUUUUGCAUAUUUUGUGCUAUUUUUUUAUUAUUGUACCUUGUCCUCAUUUGACUUGGAGUGUAAUAGUUUAGCUGCUGUUUAAAAAAAAUCGUAUUUCAUUCAUAUCUGCAGAAUGUGUGUACUCGCUUUGUAAUGUACAUAAGUGUGUUAUAAUGCCUUAAUGGAUUUACCUUGCUCUUGUAAAUAUCAUGGAUAGUUUCACGGAUCAGUUGUGGUUUACAUGUAUGAAGAGAUGAGAUUUGUCUGUGUCUGGACACAGCUCCACGGUGUGACAUGUGAUUGGUACGACUGACUACUCUGGAGGUAUAGUGCACUACUGCGUCAGGAAUCUCUGGGAUUAUUAUGGAAGGAGAGUUAGGGAAAAGAAUAUUUGUUUUUCAAAAACCUUGUUCGUGUGUAUUUACCUGUGUAUUUAAAUGGUAAUUGGUAAAAGUCUUGGUGACUUUCAUUGCUUUGAUGUUUUUCAGACUGCAGCCAAUAAUUUGAAUUCUGUCCAUGUAACGUGAGACUGUGUCACAUUGGCUACUAAAGGUUAAGGUGAUGUUUUAUUAUCUGUUAAGGAUCAUGGAGAUGUUCUGUUCUGUACCCUGGGUUUUAUUGGUUUGUUAAAGUUGUGAUAAACUGCUGGACAGAAGCCAUGUCAACAUCUUCUAAACUGUUUUGUCUGUUUGUUUUUUUUUUUGUUUUUUUUUAUAUCUUUCCAUUGGUUUUAUUCACUCAAGUACAUAAUCAAAACCUUUCCAACAUGAGUAAUAACUGUACUUUUCAAUAGGUUAGCACAUGGGUAAAUACACUGGAUCAAGGCCAUUGGAAAUGAAAGUACUACUGAACCAGGCUGUCCGAUGACGGCGUCCCCUCUCCUGGCUGUAUGAUUUUAAAGCUCAUUCCCCAUCAAAGGCUGAAGUCAACAUAUACUGUGUUUGUAUAAAAGCAUUUCUCUCAUUUUGAGAACUAUAUUUGUAUAUUUUGUGCUGAAAGAGAGAUGCCACCAUGACGUUGUGGGGUUUGCUGAUCAAAACCCUGUACAGCCUUCUGCUCAUUAGCCUGCAAUCAAUAAACUUCAAGCUCUUUAUCA